AUGGUUUUGUAAUUUGGUAUUAUAAUAUUAAAACCUACCAUUUCAUUUUAUAUUUAUUAUUCAAUUCAACAUUUUAAAUUUAAUUGAACUGUAAUAUCACAAUUGAUGAAAAAUAGUUGUAGUUAAUUUCAUGGAUGGUGUCUUUUAGUGGGUUUUCGUGAUGACAAAAGCUUGUGAUAAGGUUGAUAUAAUAUGAUCUUUUAAACAAUUAGAACUCAUCAAUAAUGGACGAAAAGCUUUUGAAUGAUUUGCUUGAGUGUUCAGUUUGCCUGGAACGAUUAGAUACAUCGAGCAAAGUACUCUCUUGUCAGCAUACAUUUUGUAAAAAAUGUCUUGAUGAAAUUGUAGCUACUCACAAAGAGCUACGAUGUCCAGAAUGCCGAACACUAGUUGAGUGUCGAGUGGAUGAACUACCACCUAAUGUAUUACUCAUGCGGAUAUUAGAAGGUAUGAAGAGUAAAAGUACAACUGUAUCACCACCCAAAAAACCUUCAGCUGUUGGAUGCUCAGAUCAAAGACCACAUAAAACACCUAAACAGGUGCCAUAUCAGCGUAAUAUGUUUGCAAGAGCAUUGUAUGAUUAUUCUUCUAAAGAACCUGGAGAUUUAAGUUUUAAAAAAGGAGAUAUGAUUAUAUUACGCCAAAAAGUUGAUUCUAAUUGGUAUCAGGGAGAGGCAAAUGGAGUUAUUGGCAUAUUCCCUUUAUCAUAUGUACAGGUAUUUCCAACAACACUUCCUAGUCAUAUACCACAAUGCAAAGCAUUGUAUGAUUUUAAAAUGAACAAAGAGGAUGACGAAGGAUGCUUAUCGUUUUCAAAAGGUGAUAUAAUUACAGUUUUAAGGAGGAUUGAUCAAAAUUGGGCUGAAGGAAAAAUUGCCACUCGAAUUGGUAUAUUUCCUUUAUCGUUUGUCGACUUAAAUCAAAUAGCUAGAGCAUUAAUGAAACUUUCUGUUAACUCACAACCUACAAGUAGAAUUGCUCCUCCUACUCCUGAAGAAGCUACUCCUUUAUUGCCAGUGGAACUGUCAGCUGCUUGUCAAUCAACAAAUAUAAAAAGUAUUGUAACAGAUGAAGCCAAACAUGUGUUGGAUAAUACAAAGGUUACAUCUGAAAAUACUUCAUCCUCAUCUUCUACCACUACCACAUCUACAUCUCCCAACACAACUUCUCCAUCUGACACAUCUAGUUCUCCAACUCAAUCACCUUCCCGGGCUCCUUUUGUUGAUGUUGCAACAAAUCGUUCUUUACCAACAUCAAAUCCAGAUCCACCAAAACGACAUAGUUUCACAAAUGGUAUUGGUCCUCUUUCAUUGGGUUCUCAUUUAUCAGAAAAUAAUAAAAGACAUUCAGCUGAGAAUUUAUCGCAAGAUGAUAUUGCUGUAUUUUCCACUCCAAAUACUAAUUUAGAAAAUAAAUCCAGUCAGGCAAUAAAUGGAGUGAAAGAUUCUAAACUUCAUCGUCAUGGAAGUCUUAGAAGUCAUUCUAGACCAAUAGUUACCCAGAGUUUAAGAUCUAAAGUACCUAUUCAAUUACCAGCAAAGCAUGUUGCAUUGUAUCCUUACAAACCUCAAAAAGCUGAUGAACUUGAGUUAAAACGUGGACAGUUAUAUAUGGUUACUGAAUGCUGCCAAGAUGGCUGGUAUAAAGGAACUUCAUUAAAAUCAAACUGUUCUGGUGUAUUUCCAGGAAACUAUGUAACACCUGCAAAGAUAUCUGUGCGUUUACUCAGUAGUAAAUCUAAUACUAAUUCAUCUUCUGUUCAUGAAUUAAAAGAAGAUCAAUCAUCAUCAAAUGAUUGUAGUUUUCAAAGUGAUAUAGAUGAUAAUUUACCUUUAUACCCACCACCUGAACUACCGCCUCGUAGCAAUAGUCCUUCCGUACAUAACCGAGUAUCAUGUUGGUUGUCUGAAAUGCCAUCAACAUCUCGUGUACGAUCAGCUCCUUCUCACAACAUCAAGUCUGUGUGUUGUAAGUCAGCUUCACCAAAUUUAAGUAAAACUACGACUGCACCACUUGAUAAAGAUCCAAUAACUGUUGGGGCGAAUAAUACUGAUGCUGGUGUUACAUCCAUUGCUUCUCCAUCCCAUUCUUUGAGCCCAGAUAAUUUGGCCCAAAAACGUGUUAGAAAAAAAUGUUUUCUUACCAACUCAGUCAUGCGUAGUUUUUCGAAUAUGAAAAUUAGAAAAUCUCCUCCACCUAUGUAUUCAAUGGAUAACCCUGUGUUCGAUGAUAAUACAUCUAAUAAUGCUGUUGUCGCACUAACUCAACCCAUUCAUACUAGUGAACCCCAACCAAAUGGAUCAUCAAUUUUAAUUCAUCAUCGUAAAUCACAUAGUUUAGAUACAAAUAAUGGCAUUUCAAUAGAUAUCAAGCCACAUGAUCGAAAAAUAAAACAACAAAACUCACGUGCUCAACAAAAUAUGUGUAGAUGUAUUGUUGCAUAUCCACCAAAUAGUGAAUAUGAACUAGAACUACGAGUUGGUGAUAUUUUAUAUGUACAUAAAAUUAGACAAGAUGGAUGGUAUAGAGGUACAUUAUUAAGAACUGGUAAAAGUGGAUUAUUCCCAUCAAGUUUUGUUGAAAAAAUUUAAUGAUUUCUAUCAGCACCAAAUAUACUAUCUAGUUUUUUUUUUUUUUUUUUUUAAUUUUAGGCUAUGUUAAUUCAAUUUAAUUUGAGUUUUAGAGUACUUAGUUAUUUACUGAUACAAAGAUAAAUUUAUCUUAUGUAAAUUAUAUACCAAAAUUGUAUCAGUGACUUAGUAAGCACUUAUUCUCUAAUAACAUUUAUUACUUCUUAAGUAAUAAUAUGUGACUGCUUCGGUUAAGUAUUUAUUCUG